AUGAGACCAUUUCAACGAUUCGCUCAAAACACCUACCUGAACGUCAACGCCUGGCUCAACCAACGUCAGAGGGCACAACCUAAGCAGCCAGCUAUCAAUCCAAGGCUCCCUACCAUCCAACUCAACAACGAUGCUGCUCAGCACCACCACUGGCGUCAGAACAUGGAUUUUCAGGAGAGUCGCCGCUGGGACCGGUAUUGGGGUCUUCCUGGCCGUGACUACGCGCAGAUUCAGUUGGCUGCAGCGGUGGACUGGGACCCGGAUGUCAAUGAGGACUUUGGUGGUGGUGAGGUCGGAGGGCAGACUGCGCAAGGGGCAGAUCGGACGGGGAAUGUCAUUCAGGAUGAUGGCUUAGUCGAGGGGCGUCCGCAAGAGGAGGAUGUUGGCCAGGGUGAUUUUCGAGAUGAGAUCGACAUUGAUCAGCCUGAUGGAGAAGGGUUUGCUUUCCAAGACGACAGUGACGAGGUCUCUGAAGCAUCUACUCAGAACGACAGGGACAAAGACCGGGACAGCGGCUAUAACACGGCAAGCCCCACGGAUUCUCCCACGCCGCAGGCAGCUACCAUGGCUUCACCAGAACAUCGGCCUCUUGAGCCACCCAGCUCUACAGGUCGUGUCGACCCUCUCGAUCUCAAUCAACUCGACAAAGAGCUUGCAACCGACGUCACGAGCAGCGGUCCAUCUUCAUCUACCAUGCCACGGACGUUCAGCGAUAACUUCACCUCCUUCCCACCCUUCCAGCCCACUGCGAAUCCCAGAACCAUAUCGCAGACCAGUCCCGCCCAUGACAACGACGACAUCGGUGUCCCUCCAGUCUUUCGCGAGAACGGAUUCGGCUGCUUGAGUGACGACGGCCCAUCUCCUGAUCCUGGUCCAAAUCCUCCUUCUCGAGACGCGAACUUGCGGCCCCGAGGUGCGGGCUCAUUCGUGGAGAUUGGUGUUCACAUGGACAACACGCUCAAUGACGGACUCGUUCGCCGGGGCAGGGACGUGUCCUAUCCCCAUCACAGGUGGAUGGGAUCCGUCGCAUAA